GAUUUAACUGCCGUAUCCAUCUCUGGUCCUGCCUGGUUUCUCAUGUCAUCGUUGUCAUCACCACCGCGAUACGCCGAACGGGGAAGGAUGAGAGCACAAUGGCCCUCGGAGCGGUGUGGUGCAGCAGCACGCCGUACACACGAGAGGGUGGUGAAUUGUCGUCCAUCAUCGUCAUCUCUUCCGUGGGAGGGUUUCACUCCGGUUAUGUCAUUUUACAGUCGUAUGUGGAUUGGAUCUUGGGUCGCGUGGGCUGUAAUGUCCCGCGCGUGUGCGUCGCGCGAUGUUUAUGGGAUCGUCGUGAAUAAAUCACGCAAGCGAUAAUGACAAUAAUAAUAAAAUAGGAACUCGGA